AUGACUCUCCAAGUAUAUGGACAUAGACUUUCCCAGCCAUUCCGAGCUGUUAUCCUCUUCUGCAAGGUAAAUGGAAUCAAAUAUGAAGAAAUUACUGUAGACCUAACCAAGCAUCAGCAAAAAUCUCCAGCCUACAUAGCAGAGAUAAAUCCUAUGGGACAAGUUCCUGCAAUUGCUGAUGGAACCUUUAAACUCUUUGAAAGUCAUGCAAUUCUUACUUAUCUUGCUAUUGUAAAUCCCGAAGUUGCAGAUCAUUGUUCAAUCGCAGUUGUUCUACAAACCAAGUUAGCACCAUUGAUUGGACAACCUCUGAAUCCAGCAGCAGCAGCUAAAGCUGAGAAACUGUUGAUUUCUGCUCUGUCAAAGGUAGAGUCAAUUUGGUUAGAUGGCAAUAAUGGUGGGUUCUUGCUGGGUAACGAUCAGCCAUCGAUCGCAGAUCUCAGCCUCGUCUGCGAAAUAAUGGAACUGGAGGUUCUGGAUGACGAGCAUCGCAAUCGAAUACUUGGACCGUACAAGAAAGUACAGAAGUGGAUUGAUAAUACAAGAAAUGCAACAAGUCCUUACUUCCAUGAAGUGCACCAGCUCCUAUUUCAAAUCAAAGAGAGUAUGCAGAAUAAUCAGUCAGAGGAUGCCAGUGAUUCAAAAAAAGAUUUGUAUUCCAAGAUGUAA